UACGUCAUGUCGGUUAAUUCUUUAAUCGAAACAAGCGCAUCGGCACCACCACCAAUUAUACAGCAGAGAUAUGGAAAUAAUAAUUCCAUUAUUCAAAAACCAAUUCCUAUCCAAAGAAACGGUGUACUAAAAAUAAGAGAAUUAAGGCCAUGGAUACGUGGUUUUGAUAUAACAUGUAUCAUACUUCAACAUUUAUCACGUCGCACGUUAAAAACUCAGCAAGAAGUGGAACUUCAUAGUUUCCUUGUUGCAGAUGAAACCGCUGUUUGUACUUUGGUGAUUUGGGAAAAUGGACAGUAUUAUCAAGGUGGAGAUAUUGUACAAAUCACUCUUGGUGAAACCAGAGUACAUGAAGAGUCUCUAGAAUUAACGGUCAAUAAGAAUUUUGGAAAGAUAAAGAUUAUUGAUUGGGAUACAAUGUAUUAUAAAGAGGAUGAAGAGCCAAAUUUGAGCAGUUACACGUGGAUACAGGAUGAAAAGAAUCCCAACACAUAUGUUCCAAUGAAUGAUGAAAAAAAGUUGAUAGAUUUGGAAACAUUCAGACCAUACGAACGACCACCACAACCAUACGUAUUAGAUUCAAUGCAAUCUGGGGGAUUCCUGCCGAAUAAUAUAAAGCAAGAUUUUCAGGUAUCAAUAAAACAAGAAGACUCUUCAAAGAAGAAUGAAGAUGAUGGGAUAUAUAACAACAUACAAUUUUCACAGAGAGAACGACAAUUAAGAUACGGUAGUAAUGGUGGAGGAAAUGAACAAUUUAUGUUACAAUAUGAUUCCAGGUCACCAAGACCACCAUUACCACUAUCACCUCAAACUAUGUUACAACAAAAUGAUCGACCGCGACCUCCACAAAGACGUAAUUCUAAAUUUCCAAGACGGGAUAGUUGGCGAGAUCAAGAAGGACGUCAAGAUCGUGAUAAUGGUAGACCUAGAAAUCAAGAUGGCAAUAAACGUGCAGGCGGAGGAGGAGGUGGACGUAAUCAACCACGAAAUAGAGGUAGAGAUUGGGAUAGAGGUAGGGAUAAUAGAGAUAGGGAUCGUGAUAGGGAUCGUGAUAGAGGCGAAUGGGAUUUUAAUCGACCACCACAUACAGAUUUGGAUAGACCUUCCGAAGAAGGAGAAUUAGUUAAUUUUGAUUUUACAGCUGGAUUAAAUGGAUUAAUUCGACCAGACAAUCGUGAUCCAAGAGAAGGUAUACAGCAUAAAAGACCGAGAAUUGAGUAAAUCACAUCUUUAAAAAGAAAAGGAAAGGAAAAGGAAAAGGAAAAA